AUGUCAAUCCAACAGACUUUCCCUCCCCCAGAACCCAAGUUUUAUAAGUAUCGCGGAGGAAGGGAGAAUCGCGACAAGGAUGGCCAAGCCAUGGUAAGGGUGGAGGAGCUGUUCACGUCCAUGUUCAGGUGCGAACAGUCGGGCAUCACAUACGCUGCGGGAUCCUGGGGUUAUACGGUCCUGCGCACCGCAUACUCAGAAGACUCCGACACACUCUGGCCGAUUGCGAUGGAGAAACUCAACCGAUGGGUUACCAAGUACUUCAUCCACGCUAACCGUCUCGUGACGAACAAGCCUGACGGCGAAGUGAACGAGGAACUUGCACGCCGGUUCCUUCUAGAGGUUGUGGAGGAUAAGGAAUCCGAGAAGCUCAAAUUUCCUGACCUUUCCACUGCCAGUCAAGAGACCAUCCAGACGCUCACGCAGGUAUUUGAGGAUUGGCGUCGCAGUGCGAUUGGUGAGAUCGGCUCGGGUCUAGGAGAUAGCCCAAGAUUCUGUGACUUUAUUGUCAUCGACGAGGCCUCCAUGCGAUCUCUCGCUGCCCUGCCCGACGACCUGCCAUCGACGGAACUCGUGCCUCGCGCAGAGAGAAGGGCCCGCAACCAGAUCUGGGCCGGUGUCUACGUUUGGCUCGUCGACUCCCGAGCAGUGCGGCGGUUCAGCGGCACGGAAGAUGACGAUAACUACGACGGCUGGAUGAGGCUCAGCCCACAUGACCUUGCGGAUGCGUGGUUCGAAAAGCUUGAGAGAUCUUCCAGCGAAGAGUGGACCUUCGAUCGCGUCGAUAUACCUGAAGGGUCUGGAGAGAAGUGGUACACUCAGCGGUAG